AUGUUUACCCUGUUUGUGCUUAGUUUGACGCUGUCUUUGGCCUUUGGGCAAACCGACUACUGCGAGAAGGAUCUCUGCAGCAGUGGUACCACGCACAUUGCUUGCAAUAAUACUGGAGGAUGGUCGUCAACCUGCCCCACAACUCCUGCACCGUACCUCAUCAACAUGAACCAAGCGCUGCGCCAGGAUACGAUAGAUGCCCACAAUGUUAGGCGCAAUCGUCUGGCGCUGGGCAAUCUGCCAGGUUUUGGUCCAGCGAGACGCAUGGCAACUAUGCGUUGGAGUCCUCAGCUGGCCAGCUUGGCGGAGCUCAAUGUGAAGCAGUGCGUGCGUAAGCGAGAUGAAUGCCACAACACCGAUAGAUUCCGCAACAGCGGACAGAAUAUUGCGCUGUUUGCCUACGAGGGCGCUGAGUCUAGCAGAACAAACCAAUUCCUGGUGAGGCAGGCCAUCUCGAACUGGUGGCUGGAGAGCGACUUUGCCGACAUGACAGUCAUCAAUAAUUACCCAAGCAGCUGGUCGGGAGGCCAAAUUAAUCGCUUUACGCUGAUGGCGCAGCAGAGGAACAUCGCUGUGGGCUGUGCUGCUGCCCGAUUCUUUAGGAAUAAUAACAAUCAAUUCCUGUUUACCUGCUAUUAUGCCGUAAACAAUGUGGUUGGCCAGCCCGUCUAUGUGACCGGUCGUGUGGGUUAUGGCUGCCAAACGGGCAUGAAUGUUGCCUACCCGGGUCUGUGCAAGAUUGACGAGGAUUUUAAUAUAUGAUAAAAAUAUAAAUAUAUACUUUUGAAUGAUUGAAUACAUACAUA